GUCGCAGUUAACACUCCGACGGUGUUGACAUAAUUUAUAUAAAGCAAAAGAAAAAAGUGUUUCUUAUUCUCUUUCUUUGUGUUUUCAUAUAUUACAUUAAAUAAAUUAUCAUGUAUACCGCAAGUGCUGCAUUAAAGGCCAGAGUUCGUCGUCCUCAACUCUUGGACAGAGUUAUGAAGCCUGAAGAUACCCUUAAGUUUUUCAAAGGUGGACAAUAUUUGGGUUGGUCUGGAUUCACUGGUGUCGGAUACCCUAAAAUGAUUCCCCUUGCUUUAGCUGAUCACGUCGAAAAGAACGAUCUUCAAGGUAAAAUGAAGUUCAAUCUUUUUGUUGGUGCCUCCUCUGGCGCUGAGUGCGAAGAUCGUUGGGCUGAGCUUGACAUGAUUGACCGUCGUUAUCCUCAUCAAGUCGGUAAGAACAUCAAGAAGGGUAUUAACGAAGGCCGUAUUCGUUUCGCCGAUAAGCAUCUUUCCAUGUUUCCUCAAGAUUUAGUUUAUGGUUAUUACACCAAGGAUAAGCCCGACAACAACAAGCUUGAUAUCGUUAUUGUUGAAGCUACCGCUAUUACUGAAGAUGGUGGUAUUGUUCCCGGUGCCUCUGUUGGUGCCACCCCCGAAUUAAUUCAAAUGGCUGACAAGAUCAUUAUUGAAGUCAACACUCGUAUUCCCUCUUUCGAGGGUCUUCACGAUAUCAACAUGUGUACUCUCCCUCCUCACCGUAAGCCUUAUUUGAUCAUGAACACAGAGGAUAGAAUCGGAACAACUUCUAUCCCUAUUGAUACCGAUAAAAUUAUUGCUAUUGUCGAAAGUAACCGUCCUGAUAAGACUGGUGGUAACACACCCGCUGAUGCCAAGUCUGAAGCCAUUGCCGAUCAUCUUAUUGAAUUCUUCGAAGAAGAAGUCAAAUAUGGCCGUCUUCCCGCCAAUUUAUUGCCUCUCCAAUCAGGUAUUGGUAACAUUGCCAAUGCCGUCAUUGGUGGUUUAGCCAAGUCACGUUUCCAGAAUGUUACAGUAUUCACUGAAGUGUUACAAGAUACUUUCCUCGAGUACUUUGACUCCGAAAAGCUCAAGUUUGCUAGUGCCACAUCUAUCCGUUUCUCUCCUGAAGGUUUCGAUCAAUUUUAUGACAACUGGGAAAAGUACAAGGAUAGACUUUUGUUGAGAUCUCAACAAGUUUCCAACUCCCCUGAAGUCAUCCGUCGUCUCGGUUGUAUUGCCAUGAACACACCUGUUGAAUUCGAUAUUUACGGUCAUGCUAACUCCACCUUGGUUUGUGGUUCCGGUAUGUUGAACGGUCUUGGUGGUUCUGGUGAUUUCUUGCGUAACUCUAAGUUGAGUGUUAUGCACACACCUUCCUCUCGUCCUUCCAAGAAGGAUGCCAACGGUGUCUCUUGUGUUGUCCCCAUGUGUUCUCACGUCGAUCAAACUGAACAUGAUCUCGAUAUCUUUGUUACUGAACAAGGUUUAGCAGAUCUCCGUGGUUUGUCUCCUCGCGAGCGUGCCCAAGUUGUCAUUGACAAGUGUGCCCAUCCUGAAUACAAGCCUCAACUCCAAGAUUAUCUUGACAUGGCUACCAAGAAGUGUCUUGCUGCCGGUAGAGGUCAUGAACCUCAAAUGCUCGAUAAGGUCUUCAAGAUGCACACCAACUUGUUGGAAAACGGUACCAUGAAGCUCGAAUCUUGGUAAAAUUUUAGAUUUUUCUUUCGUACAAAAAGCUUAUAUACAUUUGAUUUCCUCUUACGCACAUCCUUUUUAACCCUGUUGUUUCAAAACGAAACUUCCUUAUUACCUUGUAUUAUAUUAUUUUAAUAAAAAAAAAAAAAAUUAAACAAAA